AUGGCCGCUUGUUUGUCGACGAUGCUUCGGUGUGGCCUUUGCGCAAGACUCGUUAUUACUUAGGAACUGUACCUGCAAUUCAAGCACCAGAUCAAAUAGCCACUGUUGGCGACAAAAAUAGCGUACAUAUGGCACAUUGGCAAAUCUGGGGGAUGUACAAGCGUACUACGAAUCCAAUGGUCGGAAAGGCUGAACAGAUACAUGUGUGUCGGGUACAAGAAAUAUUGAGAUUACACAGAGUAAAUUCCGUGUGUCAGCUUGGUAGUGGCAUCAGGAUUAUGGUCCCUGUCGCAUGGACUAGAGCAAGGGCCCCUAACAUAUCACAGAUGCAUUACCACCAAAAGAGGCAGUUUCUGAUCACAGACAGCAGCGCGCUCGUCAGCGACAGUGUUCCCAUUUCUAACAUCCUCGGUUCUACUCACAAGAAAGCUGAAAAAGCAGAUUACUUCUCUAACAUUCAGCUCAUCAUGGAUCAAGCUGCCCUCAAUUCUUUGCUAGAUCCUGCACUGAAAGAUCAGCUUGAACUCCACAGGCGCCUCAAAGACGAGAUAAAAUUCCGUAAGAUUUCUCACUUUAAGUCGAAGAAGCAGCGCAGCGUUAUCGUUUCUCAUUCAGCAAUGUGA